AUGGAGCCUUUUCAAAAUGCUAAUAAAAUUCAUCAAUAUAGGAGAAGGAUUGGUAUGCCUUAUGCUAACAGUAAUUGUAAUGGGAAAAUAUGUUUCUUUGUAAAUGAUAAUAUUGAUAUGGAGAUUUUAGAGGACACUGCUCACCAAGUCACCCUUAAGCUACAUUUCCAGGAGCUGGACAAGACCAUGAUUGUGACACUGGUUUAUGAAAAAUGUGAUGCUCUUGAGAGAUUAUCUUUAUGGGAUAUCAUGUAUUGCUUAGCAGAUGGUAUGACUACUCCUUGGUUGAUUGGAGGUGACUUCAAUGUUAUAUUGAAUGAAGAAGAAAAGAUUGGUGGCUUACCUGUUUUACCUCAAGAAUAUGAAGAUUUUGCCUUUUGCAUCAAUUCUUGUAAAUUAGCUGAAAUUAGUUUCAAAGGCAAUCCUUUCACUUGGUUGAAUGGUAAAGCAGAUCAGGAGUGUAUUUUUAAAAGGUUGGAUAGGAUCCUAUCUAAUGAGCAAUUUCAAGAUUGGUUUGGACAUUUGGAAGUGGAUCAUCUAUCAAGAACUGGCUUUAAGGAGAUUGUGAAGAACAACUGGUUGGCAGAAGAUGGGAAUGAUGUCUUUAUUUCUUUCAAGCAGAAAGUGAAACAAGUUAAAACUGCUCUAUCUGUAUGGAGUAAGCAGACUUUUGGAGAUAUUUUUAAUCAACUCAACAUCAGGGAAGAUAUUGUUAAGAUUAAAGAGCAGCUAUUUGAAGAAGCUCCAUCAGAAACAAAUCGAAUGAUUCUCCAAAGAGCACAGGCAGAAAUGAAGAAAUAUUUGCAUUAUGAGGAGGAAUUUUGGAAGCAAAACGCUGGUUUCACUCACUUUGCCGAAGGAGAUAAGAAUACAAGAUUCUUUCACAAUGCUUUAUUUUUGAAUUAUGUUCCUGAAAUGUUGAGUCAAGAAGAUAAUGAGCUGAUGUGUGCUACACCAACUAUUUUGAUGAAGUCAAACAUGCUGUGUUUGAAUUAUCAAGGGAUAGUGACGGAUAAAGUUCUGCCAAGUCUGAUUUCUGCUAAUCAAUCAGGUUUUGUAAAGGGCAGGAAUAUCAUUGAGAAUGUGUUGUUAGCUCAAGAGAUUGUUUCUGAUAUUAGAUUGAGAGGCAAACCAGCAAAUUUGGUCAUUAUGCUUGACAUGACCAAGGCCUAUGAUAGGUCUCAUGGAUUUUUUCAUUCUACUAGGGGUGUUAAACAAGGUGAUUCUUUGUCACCUGCUUUAUUCAUCCAAUCUGCUGAAGUUCUUACAAGGGCAUUAAGUGCAUUGUUUGAGGAUCACAAGUUUAAAGGUUUGAAGUAUGAGGAGAUUUCUGGACAGCUAAUCAACAAAGGAAAACGUUCUUUUUAUAUGUAUUCCAAGGUUACAAAAAAUCUGGUUCAGCAGGUGGAAACCAUCACUGGAUUUUCAAGAGGAUCCUUUCCUUUUGUAUAUCUAGGCUGUCCUAUUACUCAUGCUAGGAAAAGAAAGGCUGAUUAUAAUGAUCUCCUUAAGAAAGUAAGGGACAAACUGCAUGCAUGGAAGGGAAAGUUGUUAUCUCCAGGAGGAAAGGCUAUGUUAAUUAAUAGUGUAUUGCAAAGCAUUCCUAUCCACUUGUUAUCUGCUAUUAAACCUCCAAAAUGUGUAAUCAAGGACAUUCACAAGAUUUUUGCAAGAUCCUUCUGGAGUAGUAAUGAAGAUGUUAAAAAGAGACAUUGGUCAGCAUGGUUGAAUAUGUGCUAUCCAAAGCAUGAAGGGGGAUUAGGAUUUAGGUCCAUCUUUGAUGUAUCAAAAGCUCAAUGUGCUAAACUGUGGUGGAGGUUUAGAACUGUGUACUCUUUAUGGUCAAACUUUAUGUGGAUCAAGUAUUACAAAAAGCAGUAUCCUCAGAAUGUUCAAUGGAAGGGUGGAUCUCAAGUGUGGAAGAUGAUGCUUGAGGCUAGAGACAACAUAGAGCAGGAGAUUUGGUGGGAAACUAGAAGUGGCACUACAAAUAUCUGGUUUCAUAAUUGGACAAGAGUGGAGCAUGUAAAAGAGCUUAUGAAUGGAGGAAUGUGGGAUAUUGUCAAGCUAGAACAGUGUUUUCCUGAAGAGAUUGUUGAUCACAUAAUGGCUGAACUAGAAAUUAAAGAAAACUCUCAAGAAUGGGAUAAGCCUUGGUGGAUGAUGACUAGUACUGGAGAAUUCUCUGUGGCAAGUGCCUGGGAAAUGUUAAGGCAAAAAUCUCACUCUUCUGAUAUUUAUAAGGACAUGUGGAUCAAAGGCUUGCCUUUCAAAAUCUCUUUCUUCUUAUGGAGAUUGUGGAAGUUUAAAAUUCCUGUUGAUGAAGUGCUAACCUCAAUAGGUCAAGCAAGUGGUGUUAAAAUGGUGGCAGGCCCCAUGUCAUUAAAAGUUGAGACCUGUUUACAAAGCAGUGCCAGCCAUAAUAUUGUGGCAUUUGUGAAAGUGGAGGAAUACAACUUUGCAUGGAGGGGUGGUAUUAGUGUGUCACAUGCUCAUUCCCAUGCAGAGAGUUUGCAACUUUUUAGUUUCAAAACACAACAGACGUGCAAAGAUUCAACUAUUGUCCUGAAGCUUAAUUGUAGAAGUCCGAACAUUGAUAAUUGUCUCCUGAUGUUUAGUUUUAAAAAGAUUGAUCUUCAGGACACACAAUAUCUUGAUGUUCAAAAUACUACAACUAAAUUUCAGGACUGUGACCUGAAGGUCAAAUUACCACAAGUAAAAGUCAUAAAACAGUAUCCUGAUGUUGGAACCACUAUAAGUGAACUUCAGGACACAAUAGCCUGA